CAGGGUGCUUAACGACACGGAAAUAUCAUGUUCAAGUCGGCGGCGACCAAGAUCGCGCACAACUCGACGCUGCCGGGGUUGGCAGGGAAUAAUGAGUUGAGAACGCUGCAAGACUUGAUUAUAGCGGAGAAGGCGGUUAUGCACUCGCUGGACAGACUGACGAACGACUUUGCAAAGGCAGUAGAUGCAUUACGGAGCUGGGGUAUUGGUGAAGGAGAGGAUCUAGGCGACAUUCUCUCCUCCAGCGCCUCCCUCCUCCUUCACUUCUGCAACACCAUCUCACACCUCUCCUCGCACACCCAGACCAUCCGCACACACAUGAAAUCCAUCCGCACGCGCGAAGAGGCCCUGCUCGCGCUUCAGCGCCGGCACCGCUCGCUCCAGUCCAAGUGCGAGUCUGCGGACAAGAAGCUCAGCAAGAUGAGCCCUGAGAACAAGAACCUGCAGGCGCAGAUGUCGCUGAUCAACCAGUUACGGGAGGAGAUCAGGGAAGUCGAAGGAGAGAUCAUGGCGGAGGAGGCGGCGCUGGGGGACUACAAACGCGCGCAGGCGAAGGAGUGGAUGGGGAUCCAGUUUGGCGGGCUCGGGGAGGUUGGAGAGGUUUCUGUGCUUAUAGCCUACUACGGAAAACUCCUCAUCGAAUCCAUGCCCCUCGAGCGCACCGACCCCGGCCUGCCGCGGGCCAUGUACACUGGGCACGAACAAACACGCUCUAUAGCUAACGAAGCGGACGAGGCCAUCCGGCGCGUCGAGUAUACCCCCUUUCCGUCCAACUCUCUUCCUUCUCUGCCUAUCUCAAAUCAUUCAAAUGCCGCGGGACCAGCAGAUCGCUACAGCACGCAAACGCCCGAGUCGAGCGGUAACGCGCCGAGCACGAUAUACGCGCCGUCGCCGCUCCCGCCGCCUACGCACCCGAGCG